UAUAGGACAAAUAAUGCCUCGUGGGCGGGCUACCAGGACCGCCCCGUCCUACAGGGCCCACCUUACACUGACAGGCCUGGAUAUGGAGGGGAUAGGUCAUACAGGUCAUCUAGGUCAGUACUCCGUCUAGAGGCGCCAUGGAGUUCAAGAGAUGCCAGUUCUGGUUACAUUGCUGAUCCCAGAGUUGGAGGACAUCACGAUGGUAUCGGUCUUGGUGGAAAUAGGAAUGGUGGCGCCCUUCUCUUCGUCCGGUUCUCUACUGGUAGUCAAGGUGAGAACAUCAACAUGGCAGCUCAGGCUUUUCUCAAGUCAAAAACCCUGGACACUGGAGGUCGUUUUCUGGGCAUGGCUAGGAAGGUGUUUGACUUUGGCUACGAAAGCAGCCCCACAGAAGGGAUUGGAGUUUUCCACUUUCCUUCCAUCGAGAAAGGAUAUCUGUUCUUCCAGAUGGAUGCCAUCCUCCGACAACCAGAUUUCCCUCCCCCUAGUGGCCAUUCGGAGGUGUGGCUAGUAAAUAACGCAUAUUUGCCUGACAACUUAAAAUUGUUUAGCACCUUCCUGCUGUCGGAGAUAGAACUUCACAGAGGCAAGGACAAGCGGGAGUUCUUUGAAACGUUCCAGAAACCUUUUGAAAACUACCUCUACAAGAAUGGUGCCAUGCCGUUUGUGAUAUGUUCAUACGGUGACUAUGACAGGAAGUCGGUCCGGCGCCACAUGUACCCGUCCACGUCUAUUGUCACUUGUCACCUCUUUCAGGGAUUUGAUCAUCUCAACUGGAUCACAAAUGAUGAAACCUAUUCAAAGUUUCGCAGUUUGCACAACCAGAUGGCAACAGAAAAAUGCUCAAUUUUCAACAUCAGCAGAGAUAUGUUUCCUUGA